GACGGGCGUCUACAUGGAGAGUUUAGCUCAGCUCUCGAGAUUGGUCGUCGGGGUAAAUUAUGUCAAUAGAUUGUGAUUAAAUGGCAAAAACUGAGGAGGGCAAUGGACUCGAUUUGCGGGGCAGCACGGAGAAGCUGGCCGAUAAUGUGACGGGCCUGGAGGUAAACGGCGGUGUUACCCCCGAGGAAACACCGGUGGACAGGUACGGAUUCACCGGUGGAGCUCAGCAGAUCUCCGGAGACUGUGCUGAGGUAAUCCCCAUUGAGGUGCUGCGGCAGCGGGAGGCAAAAUGGCUGGAGAUGCUCAACAGCUGGGACAAGUGGAUGGCCAAAAAACACAAGAAGGUGAAGGAGCGCUGUCAGAAGGGGAUCCCCCCAUCCCUGCGAGGCCGCACCUGGCUCUACCUUACUGGGGGCAAAGUGAAAAGGGAGCAAAACCAGGGCAAGUUUGAGGAACUGGACAUCCAGCCAGGAGAUCCCAAAUGGGUAGAUAUUAUUGAGAGGGACCUCCAUCGACAGUUCCCCUUCCACGAAAUGUUUGCGGCGAGAGGGGGUCACGGGCAGCAGGACUUGUUCCGCGUGCUGAAGGCCUACAGUCUGUAUCGUCCUGAGGAGGGAUACUGUCAGGCUCAGGCUCCCGUCGCGGCUAUACUGCUGAUGCACAUGCCAGCUGAGGAUGCUUUUUGGGUUCUUGUCCAAAUUUGUGAGAAAUAUCUUCCCGGAUACUACAGCACGGGGCUGGAGGCGAUCCAGCUGGAUGGGGAGAUCCUGUACGCUCUGCUGCGGCGGGUGUCUCCCGUGGCCCACCGUCACCUGAAGAAGCACAAGCUGGAGCCCAUCCUGUACAUGACGGAGUGGUUCAUGUGCGCCUUCUCUCGGACGCUGCCGUGGGCCUCGGUGCUGCGAGUCUGGGACAUGUUCCUUUGUGAGGGAGUGAAGAUCCUCUUCCGAGUGGGCCUGGUUCUCCUGAAAUGCAUGCUGGGAUCCCAAGAGAAACUGAAGGCCUGUCAGGGUCUCUAUGAAACGAUGGAGCGUCUCCGAGCUAUACAGCCACAGUUCAUGCAAGAAACCUUCCUGGUGAACGAGAUUAUAGAGUUGCCCGUGUCUGAGAAAGACAUCGAGAAGGAACACAAUGCUCAACUGCGGCGCUGGAAGGAGUCUCGUGGAGAUCUUCAUUGUAAAUCCCCUCCCAGGAUGCACGGAGCCAAGGCCAUCAUGACCGCCGAGCCGCCCAGCCGACAGGACCUGAGACAGAGGCCCACCAUCAUCGUGGAGUCUCCCCUGGCAACCAAGACAGACCAGGAGACAGCGGAGGAUGCCAAGGACAGUAGAAAGACUAAAGAGGAAAAUCAGAAGAAAACUAUCCUGCCACCACAAGAGACUGUUAAUCCUUACCCUCCUCCCAGUGACCCUUCACCUCUCCAUCAACACAUGACUCUACAAGAGUCCAAAGAGAGUCUGAGCAGUGCAGAACACGACACCUACCUGUAAGGGUGAGUGUCACUAGUUUACACACAUGCAUCAUUCCAGCCUUUUUCUGACUUAUCAGUUACACUAAUCACAAGUGUCAGUCACAUGACAAACCUUUAAGUCUGAAGCAGUUGUGACUGAGAGGUUUUGGUAAAAUGUGACUUCAGGUAAAGUUAUGUAUUUUAACAAUAUUUUUGAGGUUUUGUCGAAGAAAUCACAGUUUCGGUAAUUAAAGUUUAUCAUACUUAGUUGAAAUAAGUAAGAAAAUAUCAAUCUGUUAAAUGUCUUUCAAUCAAAACUAUGUUGGCAAAAAAUGCCAUUGCUCAGAUUGCAAAGCAAGCAAAGUCACUGUAAUACUUACUUUCAAUGGGAUUUCUUUUAACUUAGCUAUUUACUGAUGUUUAAACACAGAAGCACAGUCAUGAAUUUCAAGUAUUUUUUGCAAAAAUUCUUGCAACUCAAAAAAUGUGUAAUUUCCAUGGAGUGACAGUAGAUGGCGACUCUGGGCACAUUACACACACACACACACACACACACACACAUACACAUACAUGUCUAGGAGGUUUUAGCCUGUGAGAGUGUGGAGUUAUCAGCUUUAUAUGACUGAACAUGCAGGGAUACACACUCGCUAACUCACUGUUAAAAGCUACUGCUGCUACUUACCUCUUAAAGACAGUGCUCUGACAUCUCCUUUGUUAUAAAUGAAGUCUGACAUUGUCAUAACUGAUGAAGUCUUAUUAAGAGCACUUUGCCUUGCCAGUCUUCCUCUUUGCUUACAUUAGUCACUACAUUGCCAACGCAUAGAUUUAUAUAUAUAUAUAUCCUGCUUUGCUAGCCUCAGUCAACCGCACUAAUUUACAGACACACAGUUUAUCAGUGUGUUUAUUUUUGCUGCAUCCAUGAGUUGCUUUGCUGUCGCUGAACACUUGAGGGAGUCCGCUGAUUCUCUUUCAGCCUCAGCAGUGACCCAAGCCGCUGGUUUAUAAAGAGCAGCAGCUGUGUGACUCCUCAGUGAAGGAAAAAAAAGUGUUUCAGGGAUAUUUGUGCCACUAAGCCAAAGAUUUUUAGUGCAUAUUUUUUUUAAGCUGUAUGUCGUCCAAGCAGUUUAUUCAAUCAUAUAUAUUGUGUUGAAGUAUUUGACAGCUGUCAGUUUGGGAGAGCAUAGGCUUUAUAUUUAUGUUGUGAGUGAAAUGUGGUUAAAUGCCAUUGUGAAGAACACUAAUACAAAGCUGUUUUUGUUCAAUCAUGCUUAACAGGGUUUGUGGAUCCUUAGACUUUAAUUAUAUCUCAUUUUACUACAAAAAAAGAAAUCCAAAAACUACAAGUUAAAUAUGAGGUCCAAGUAGUGCACUCAUAUAUUGUUCUAAUAGCAUUAUUUAGCUCAAAAUCAAUUGAAACACUAAGCCACUCUGUCAUUUGAAAUUCACGCCACACUAAACCACUAAAAAAAGUGAUAUAUGAAGUUCAGGAUCCAUAAACCUAUUCCAGUGACCAAACAUGUGUAGAUACUAAUUUUAUCUGAAAUGUUGUGAAUGAAAAAACUUGUUUCUAAAUGUUAAAUGUCUUCAUGAAUUUGUAUGCAAUCAUCAUUUAAUUGUUCAAAGAAAUUCCUUUAUUAGCAAUAACGUGUUGCUGCAGUAUUUUCUAUCUUAUGUUUUUAUGAUGGAAAAUGAUUUUAAACACGGUGGACUUGCUACAGAUUUAUUUUCUCUCUAUUCGGCAGCACUGUUUACCUUCCAUAUCCUCUUUAAAAAGGCACAUUAAAGCAAUUAUUUCUUAUAAAAACACUUUACAGUCUGCAGCAAGAACAUAAAACACAUACAGUGAACAUACAGUGCAGAGCUUUAUAUAGUGUCAUGUACAGUAGAUGGCGCCACUGAGCUUCAUCCAGGGAUUAGAUGACUGUCGCCCAGUCAUUCUGGGAGAUACGAGACAUACAGUAUGGGGUUUGUCAUUUAUAAACUUGAUGUUGAUUGUGUUUCAGUAUCCAAGAAGGAACCAAAACACUCCACUAAAUUGGUGAGACACUCAUUCGUAAUCAUUGCAACUGUGAUGUUUAUAGAGAGCACUGAUAAAGCCUGGAGCUCUCCUGCUGUUUUCAUCAGUAUAUAUGACUUUAUAUCUUUUUUUUGUCAUGUGAUUUAAAAUCAACUCCACCAUAUCUACAGACUGUUUUGUACAAAAUUAUAUUUAAAUCAAUAAAAUUUGAAACUCUUGGAUUUUGCAAAUGUGUCAUAUUUUCCUCUCACA